CAGCUCUGAGCAAAAGAGAGGAAGGGUGGAAAGUUUCGGCUGUCCUGUUGGGUUUCAGUAAACUGAGAGGACAGGGUUCGGGGAUCUGCAGUGUCACUGCUGACUGAGUUCCAAGGCGGCUGCUUCCUCUCCGGUCUGUUUAUGGAUGUAAUCAUGAAGCCGAUAGCUGAUCAGCUUCCCUGGAUUUCGCUGACCACACCACUUUGUUUUGCCUGAAGAUGGAAACACUGGAGUCGGAGCUGACCUGCCCAAUCUGUCUGGAGCUCUUCGAGGACCCACUGCUUUUGCCCUGCGCUCACAGCCUUUGUUUCAACUGCGCUCAUCGUAUCCUCGUCUCCCACUGCACCCCCAGCGAGCCAGUUCAGUCCAUCAGCGCCUUUCAGUGCCCGACCUGCCGCUAUGUCAUCACCCUCAACCAGAGGGGCCUAGAGGGACUCAAACGCAACGUUACUCUGCAGAACAUUAUCGACCGCUACCAGAAAGCAUCUCUAAGUGGACCUAACUCUCCUAACGAGACUCGCCGCGAGCGAGCCAGCCCUGAAAGCAAAGCCAUGUCGUCUCCCGGUGAGCGGGUACAGUGUCAGUUCUGCGAGCAGGACCCUCCGCAGGACGCCGUGAAGACCUGCAUUACGUGUGAGGUGUCCUACUGCGACGAGUGCCUCAAGGCCACACAUCCCAACAAGAAGCCUUUCACGGGCCAUCGUUUAAUUGAGCCCAUGCUGGACUCCAAUCUGAGAGGACUCAUGUGUCUGGAGCACGAGGACGAAAAGGUUAACAUGUACUGCGUGACAGACGAACAAUUGAUCUGCGCACUGUGUAAGCUGGUUGGACGUCACCGCGACCAUCAAGUAGCAGCUCUCGGGGACCGAUACGAUAAACUCAAGCAGACUUUGGAUUGCAACCUAAGCAGUCUAAUCAAGAGGACCAGUGAGUUGGAAACUCUGAUGGGCAAACUUAUUCAAACCUGCCAACAUGUGGAGGUCAAUGCAUCCAGACAAGAAAAUAAGCUGCUUGAAGAAUGUGACCUGCUGAUUAAUAUCAUACAGCAGCGACGACAAAUCAUAGCCACCAAGAUAAAGGAAGGGAAGUCUGUGAGACUGAGAAAAUUGGCCCAGCAGAUAGCAGGCUGCAAGCAGUGCAUCGAGCGGUCCUCCUCCCUCAUCACACAAGCUGAGCAAACCCUGAAAGAGACGGAUCACGCUCGCUUCUUGCAGACAGCUAAAAGUAUCUGUGAAAGAGUGUGUAUGGCCACGGCGUCCUCUCAGAUCCUGUUACCAGAAAUUAACUUGAAUGACACCUUUGACACUUUUGCAUUGGACUUCACACGGGAGAAGAAAAUGCUGGAAAGCUUGGAUUACCUCACAGCUCCAAAUCCACCAGUAAUCCGCGAGGAAUUAAGUACGGCUUCAUAUGACACCAUCACAGUUCACUGGACAUCGGAUGAUGAGUUCUCUGUUGUAUCAUAUGAACUUCAGUACGCCAUCUUCACCAGCCACUCCAAUGUUGUCAGUUUGUGUAACUCUGCUGAUAGCUGGAUGAUUGUACCAAAUAUCAAGCAAAAUCACUACACUGUGCACGGGCUGCAGUGUGGAACCAUGUACAUUUUCAUAGUGAAGGCCAUAAACCAGGCUGGAAACCGCAGCAGUGAACCAGGGAAACUCAAGACCAACAGUCAGCCAUUCAAGUUGGACCCAAAGUCUGCUCACCGGAAGCUGAGGGUGUCCCACGACAACCUGACAGUCGAGCGGGACGAGACAUCGUCAAAGAAGAGCCACAGUCAAGACCGCUUCACCAGCAACAGCAGCUACGGCGUCACAGGAAAUGUCUACAUUGACAGUGGCCGCCAUUACUGGGAGGCUCUGAUAGGAGGAAGCACAUGGUUUGCAGUGGGUAUUGCGUACAAGUCAGCACCAAAACACGAGUGGGUAGGGAAAAACUCAGCUUCCUGGGUGUUGUCUCGCUGCAAUAACUCCUGGGUGGUUCGUCACAACAGUAAAGAGAUCCCCAUCGAGCCACUGCCGCAGCUCCGGCGCCUUGGGGUUUUGUUGGACUAUGACUCUGGGUGUUUGUCUUUCUAUGAUGCUAUCAGCUCUCAGCACUUAUAUAGUUUUGACAUCUCCUUCGUCCAACCAGUCUGUCCGGUGUUCAACGUGUGGAACAGGUGCUUAACAGUCCUCACUGGACUGCCCAUCCCAGAUCACCUGGAGGGGACAGACUGCCAGAACUGACUGCACUUGUCCUCUUGGAUUGUAUGCCUUCCAAUGCAGACCAGAACUGUGAUGAUCCUUAUGUACAAAAGAUGCAAUUAACACUCCAGGUGUACAUUUUUAAUCACGUUUUUGUAACUGUGUUCUUGUUUUUUAUUAUCUACUUGCAUUUUGAGAUUGUUUGCUUUGCACUUAUUAUUCUGCUGCAUGGUUUUCAGGGUUUUUCUUACAAAAAAUAAGCAAAAACAAAGCAGUUAUUUUCAAAUAUCUCCAUUUUUUUAUUCAUAUUACACACAUUUUAAAGGGGUCAUAUUGUUAUUGGUCAUACUUUUUUUCAAGAAGCUGAAAUAGGUUGGCAUCUGUUUUAAAACCAGUUAUUAAAGUUUUUAGCCAAAAAUACUCAAUUUCUGUGACAUAUGUCACAGAAGUCUAAAACAAGCUAUAUCAAGGGUACGUUUAAUUUAUGUCAGCGAUUUCAUGAAAAAGUAGGACUUUGAAGAUGUUUAAAUUGAAGCACCAACUUUGAUUAAAGGUAGAACAUUAUAAAAAAAAAAAGUUAUUUUGCACAAUAUGACCCCUUUAAUGCAUGCAUGUUAAGAGUGACAAUACAUUUUUGAGUUCAAAUCUGCCAAAACUUGGUGGCUGUAUUAACCAUAAUGUUUUUUUUAAGUUGUAAAAUAUUUAUAGUAAAUUUUUAAAUCUUUAAAAAAAAUUGUUUAUAUGUCACAGUACUUUGAGAAAACAAAGCUUGACAUGAAAACAUAACAUUUUUUUGCUGUACCACAAUGCAAAUGUGUCCCUGCCGUCAUUUUAAAUAAGGAAUUAAACAUCCAAUCAGACUGCAGCAGUUAAUGAAUUAACACUGUGAAGUGUUUCUCCAUAAGAUGACAACUGGUUCAGUGCAAGGUAAUAAAAGUGAACUAAUUUGAUUCACUAAUUUGAUUCUCAGUGUGGUUAUUUUUACCCCCAGUUGUGUUGUGAAAGCUUGAACAGGUUCAGACGACCACAGUGACGACAGAACAAUAGAACGUAGAACACCGACAGACGUGUCAGUUUUUCACACUCUUUCAGCCGCUCACAGAGGCAGUCGACAACUUUUGACAAGAUUCUCUCCGACAUGUUUUUGUACUCGAGUAAUGUAGCUUGAACAUUGCACUCUUUUCAACUGAAGUAGACAAGAACCCAAAGAGGAAGAAA